GCGCUCGCGGCCUGGGGCGCGCGGGCCCAGCGCCCCGGGGACCCCGCGGAAAACGGGACACGUUGCAUCCUCUCGUCUUCAUCAGAGUUUCCUGAAGGAUUUUUCACACCGCAGGAGAGGAAGGAUGGAGGAAUCGUUAUCUACUUCAUAAUUAUACUGUACAUGUUUUUGGCCGUGUCCAUUGUGUGCGAUGAUUACUUCCUACCUUCCCUAGAGAUCAUCAGUGAAUGCCUUGGCCUCUCACAGGAUGUAGCUGGAGCAACUUUUAUGGCUGCUGGAAGCUCUGCUCCAGAGCUCGUCACUGCUUUUCUAGGAGCUUUUGUGACAAAGGGAGAUAUCGGCGUCAGCACCAUCCUUGGAUCAGCAAUAUAUAAUCUUCUUGGUAUUUCUGCAGCUUGUGGGCUGUUUUCCACUGUGGUUUCGAGGCUGUCCUGUUGGCCGCUGUUCAGAGACUGCCUGGCAUAUACCAUCAGUGCAGCGGCGGUGCUUGCGAUGAUAUCUGACAGCAGAAUUUACUGGUAUGAAAGUGCAUCCCUAUUAUUGAUAUAUGGGUGUUAUAUUCUGGUACUAUGUUUUGACAUUAAAAUCAACCAAUACCUCAUGAAAAAGUUCAGUCCCUGCUGCACGUGUUUUACAAAAGCCAUGGAAGAGAGCACGGAGCAACAGCCACUGGUUGGAUGGAGGGACGAGAGUGGACCUCUAAUGCGCCAGCAGUCAAGAACAGACAGUGGAAUUUUUCAAGAUGAGCUGGACUACUCUCAACUUUCAACAAGCUUACACGGGCUCGAUGAAAUCUCUGAAGAUCAUCCAAAUGUCUUUACCAUGCCUGAAGCAGAUAUGAAGAGAAUUUUGUGGGUGUUAUCCCUUCCUAUUAUCACACUACUCUAUUUAACUAUACCAGAUUGCAGAAGACAGUUUUGGAGGAACUGGUUCAUGGUGACAUUUUUAAUUUCAGCAGCAUGGAUUUCUGCAAUAACUUAUGUUCUUGUAUGGAUGGUAACAAUAGCAGGUGAAACGCUGGGAAUCCCAGAGUCAGUCAUGGGUCUCACAUUACUGGCAGCAGGAACCAGUGUACCAGAUACAGUUGCAAGUGUGCUGGUGGCUCGAAAAGGAAAUGGAGAUAUGGCUAUGUCUAACAUCGUCGGAUCCAAUGUAUUUGAUAUGCUCUGUUUGGGAAUACCCUGGUUUAUAAAAACUGCCUUCAUAAAUACAUCAGGACCUAUAGAAGUGAACAGCAGUGGUCUGACAUACACAGCCAUUUCUCUUAUCUGUUCUGUUGGUUUCAUUUUUCUGGCAGUUCACCUGAAUGGCUGGAAAAUAGAUAAAAAAUUGGGGACAAUUUGUCUUGUCCUAUACUUAGUAUUUACUGUAUUAUCAAUUUUAUAUGAACUUGGCAUCAUAGGAAACAAUCCUACAAGGGUCUGUGGUAACUAGUUUUAAUCAGUGAUUAUGCUGAUGAAAAAAAUAAAAGCAGGAGAAAAAGAUCAGUUUCUUCAUUUAGUCAAAAUAAAAUUUAAAAAAAACAACUCCAAACUCCCAUUGGGCUCUAAAUCUUAUAUACAGAACUAAGUCAUGUCAUUAAAGUAAUAUCAAGUAGAACAAAAACAUCACAGCCUAAUUGGAGCCCUUUCUUUUAGAGUCAAGAAUUACAGUAUGACUACAACGCACAUAUAAAACCAAAAUUCUGAAAAAGACAUCUACUUCUUACAUUACAAUGUUGAUACAUACAUUUGGCGGGGAAAAAAAAGAUCAGAAAACACUAAAUAAAUCCCAC